AUGGAUUUCAAUCAAGCUAAAUUCAACCACACAUGGAAUCUUGAUAUGUCCAUGGAAGAUCAAAUUCUUCAUCAUGACCAGCUUCCCUUUAACUCAAUUUGGCCUAGCUGCCCUCUGCAAACACAGCAAACACAAAUUCCAGCUUCAAGCCAAACACCAAUCUCAACCUUUCUUGGUGACCAAAUAUGCAACAAUACAGAGGAGGAGGAGGAUGAGCCGGAAGAAGAGCUGGGAGCUAUGAAAGAAAUGAUGUAUAGAAUUGCCGCGAUGCAGCCAGUAGAGAUAGAUCCGGCCACGAUUCGCAAGCCAAAAAGACGAAACGUUAGGAUUAGCGAUGACCCCCAGAGCGUGGCUGCGCGUCUUAGGCGAGAAAGGAUAAGUGAAAAGAUCAGAAUUCUACAAAGGCUUGUUCCUGGGGGAAGAAAAAUGGACACUGCUUCAAUGCUAGAAGAAGCUAUCCGUUACGUUAAGUUCUUGAAAAGGCAAAUUCGCCUGCUUCAACCUAACCAUCAUCAGCAGCACCAACCAUGCACUACCAAUGGAGACUGGCAAAUUCCAUACAGCAAUAAACCUCUUGAUUCUAUCACCACCACUCCAUCCCUCCUCGAACCCCGAGCCGGAGGCCUCGGAUACAUUCUUGGUGGGAAUACCGGGGGCAAUCCCUUGUGCUUUAAUCAUGAGGUAAUUAGUGAUUAG